UAAUGUCUCCUUUAAGCUCACUUAUCUACCCCACAAAAUCCAUGACAACUUUCUUUCUUCAAAAACCCUUAAAGAACACUCAAGGCACCAUUUUUUUUUUUUUUUUAAUUUACAAAAAAUGGCAUGUUUAACUAACCAAUUUGUUGGAUUAAAAUGUCCAAGAAUUUUAAGAACAAGAAACAAGAAUCUUGGAAAUCCCAUUAUUAUUCAUACAAAGCAAAAAAUUGUGUGUAAAGCAACAUCAGUGGGGACUACAAAUGCACAAACAAGGGAGAGACUUAAGCUUAAGGAAAUGUUUGAAGAAGCUUAUGAAAGAUGUAGGAUAGCUCCUAUGGAAGGUGUUGGUUUUACUGUUGAAGAUUUUCAUUCUGCACUUGAAAAAUAUGAUUUUGAUUCAGACAUGGGUACCAAGGUCAAAGGGACAGUAUUUAAAGUAGAUGCCAAUGGAGCUUUAGUUGACAUCACAGCGAAAUCGUCAGCAUAUUUGCCCGUAGAGGAGGCUUCGAUUCACAACAUCAAGCAUGUAGAAGAAGCUGGAAUAUUUCCAGGUUUCAGAGAGGAGUUUGUGAUUAUUGGUAAAAAUGAAGCUGAUGAUAGUGUGGUAUUGAGUUUGCGUUCAAUUCAAUAUGACAUUGCAUGGGAAAGGUGCAGACAACUUCAAGAUGAAGAUGUUGUUGUCAAAGGUAAGGUGGUUGGUGCAAAUAAAGGUGGAGUGGUGGCAUUGGUUGAGGGCCUUCAUGGGUUUGUUCCAUUCUCACAGAUAUUUUCGAAAUCGACUGCAGAGGAGCUUUUGGAGAAGGAGCUUCCUCUGAAAUUUGUUGAGGUUGAUCAAGAGCAAACUAGAGUCAUACUCAGCAACCGUAAGGCGAUGGCCGACAGUCAGACGCAGUUGGGAAUUGGGUCAGUUGUACUUGGAACUGUCCAGAGCUUGAAACCAUAUGGUGCCUUCAUCGACAUUGGUGGGAUCAACGGCCUUCUUCAUGUCAGCCAGAUUAGUCAUGAUCGCGUGUCAGAUAUCACGACCAUCUUUCAGCCUGGUGACACUCUUAAGGUCAUGAUAUUGAGCCAUGACCGUGAGAGAGGUAGAGUGAGCCUCUCUACAAAGAAGCUAGAACCUACACCUGGUGACAUGAUUCGCAAUCCAAAGCUCGUCUUUGAGAAGGCCGAAGAGAUGGCUCAGACAUUCAGGCAGAGAAUUGCCCAAGCUGAAGCCAUGGCUCGUGCCGAUUUGCUGAAAUUCCACCCUGAGAGUGGAUUGACUCUCAACUCCGAUGGGAUCUUAGGUCCGUUGACGUCGGGCUUACCUGCAGAAGGACUAGAUUUGAGUGAAACUUUUCCAGCUGAAGAGUCAUGAACCAUAAUGUUACUAUACAUUUUUGAUCAGGAAUGUAAUAUUAUUGUUACCAUGAUCUUGACUAUUUUCUUUUUCUGUUUAUUGAGUGUACUUGAAUUUUACGCCGUAACUGGUAAUGUUGCUGCUAUAUGACUAGGAGGUCAUGGGUUCAAGUCGUGGAAACAGCCUCUGGCAGAAAUGAAGGUAAGGUUGCGUACAAUACAUCCUUGUGGUGGGACCUUCUUCAGACUCUGCGCGUAGCGGGAGCUUUCGUGCACCGGGCUGUUCUUUACUUUUCGUUCUUGUUGCUGAAAAAAGAUAGAGAUCGGACUUUCUUAAUGAGAUUGAGUUCCGCGAAA